AAAAAACAUAAACAUACGCCAGUACGUAUGUCUUCUAAGGAAAUUUUUAUAGAUUUUAGAAAAUAAUAUUGAAUUAGUGGCCGAAAAUUUAAAUAAAAAUGGCACAACCUCCACCUAAAUUCACGGGCACCGGUCUGGAAGAGGUAAAUAUACCAGGACAAGCCUAUUUAAGAGAAGCUCUAACCUCUUGCACGGAUCCCUUAAAGGCUAUAGAAAGUUUUCAGUUGGAAAAUGGUGUACUAUUGCCCUCUUUGCGACCCAUGUUACCCUUGCUGGACUUGCAUGGAGUGCGUAGACUCGAUUUCCACACUUCUCUUAUGGAGGAACUAAGAGAUAAACUUAUAACCCAUAUUAAUGAGUUGGGUCAAAAAGAUCCACGAGAACGUGAUAAGAAACUGAAAGAGCUUUUGGUGAAGAGCUUCCCAGUGGUGCGUGUUAAGGCCUUGCGUCCCGUGGUAAUGGCCAUUUUGCGUAAUACACCCCAUAUAGAUGAUAAAUAUUUGCGCAUAUUGGUAAGAGAUCGUGAACUAUAUGCUGACACUGAUACCGAGGUGAAAAGACAGAUAUGGCGCGACAAUCAGUCACUGUUCGGUGAUGAAGUUUCACCCUUACUCUCGCAGUAUAUCAGGGAAAAGGAGCAUAUUUUAUUUGAUCACACUAAUCUCAAUAACUUGUUCUUUCAUCCUUCGCCCAAGGUGCGGCGUCAGGGUGAGGUUGUGCAAAAAUUGGCCAAUAUGAUUGGCACCAGCGUCAAAUUAUACGAUAUGGUUUUGCAAUUCUUGCGCACUCUGUUCUUAAGAACCCGCAAUGUACACUAUUGCACUUUGAGAGCCGAACUUUUAAUGGCUUUGCAUGAUUUGGAAGUGCAAGAGAUUAUUUCUGUGGAUCCUUGUCAUAAGUUUACCUGGUGUUUGGAUGCUUGUAUACGUGAGAAAAAUGUGGAUAUAAAAAGAUCUAGGGAAUUGCAAGGUUUUUUGGAUAAUAUCAAACGUGGCCAGGAGCAAGUAUUGGGUGACUUGUCUAUGACUUUGUGUGAUCCCUAUGCUAUAAAUUUUCUGGCUACUUCGGCCAUUAAAAUACUGCAGCAUUUAAUCAACAAUGAAAGUUUGCCGCGCGACAACACCAUACUUAUACUAUUGUUGCGCAUGUUGGCUUUGGGUCUUAGUGCCUGGGUGAUGAUUGAUUCACAAGAUUUCAAGGAACCGAAACUGGACUCUCAAGUUGUUACGAAAUUUUUACCGGCUCUUAUGUCUCUGAUGGUGGACGAUCAGUGUCGCAGUUUACAUUCCAAAUUACCCCCCGAUGAACGUGAAUCGGCUCUAACUACAAUAGAACAUUCAGGUCCUGCACCCGAUGCCGUGGAGGCAUAUAUACAGGAGAGUUCAGUGGCCAGUAUUUUGGCCAUGUAUUACACUUUAAAUACGGCACGCCAGAAAGAUCGUGUCGGUGUUUUACGAGUGUUGGCUAUAUUGUCAUCGUGUAAGGAUGAUCGUGCCUAUGAAGAUCCUUUUCUACAUUCUUUGAUUGCUCUAUUGAUUCCCAUGGCAGAGGAAUUUACCACAGAAGAUUUUUGCACUACCUUAUUUGAUGAAUUUCUAUUUGCCGGCUUGACCAGGGAUAAUGUGACAAGACACAUGAUUAAAUUAUUGUGGUAUGUGCACAACAAACUACCACCAGGUCGUUUGCAAUCCCUCAUGAAAGCCAUGCAACCAACAACUGGCCACAAUGAAACCGUACACAAGCUAUAUGAAACAUUGCAGGAGCGUAUAGGAACCUCUUUGCAAGAAUGCCCAGUACCGGAACCAACUGAAACAGAUUUUGAUUCACCUCUAAAAAGUGUACCCACACCAGGACCUCAUUAUAUGCAAUAAAGUGUUCAGUAAUAUCUUUUAACAAAUUUUAAAAUAUAAUAAAUAACAAAAACAAAUACUUUUACAAAA